AAUAUGGAGAACAUCAGCCAAAGGAACAAGGGAUAUCAGCUCAAGCAAGGAUAUCAGCCAAAGAAACAAAAUGGCAAGCUUCAGAAUUUUGCUUCCUCUGCUCCUUCUGGGGUUGAUUGAGAUUAAAGCUGCUGAAAUCUCAGGGCUCUCCUAUCAGGAUGCCCUAAAAGUUGCUAUGAGCCAUUUCAAUAGGAAGUCUGAAGAGAAGAAUUCCUACUGGAUAACUGCAACUGAGGCCCAAACUAAGUGGGAUAGCAAAUCCAAAGAACCCCAGCAUUUGGGUUUCACUGUACAAGAAACUGAAUGCCUGAAAACAGAAACCAACCCUCUUAUCGAAUGUACCAUCAAAACCGAUGGGAAAGUGAAGCAUUGUCAGGCAACAGUCCAAUUCAUCAGUCACAGUGAAACUGAUGUUCAGGUCCACUGUUCACCUGUGCCAAGUAACCAGAUGGUCAAAAGAACCAAAAGAGGAAUCAAAAAAGGAAUUUCCAAAGUCCUCAAAAAAUUUUUCUCAAGUAUGAUCAAAAAGGCUGUUUCCAAAGGAAUUUCUAAAGGUAUUUCUAAAGGCAUUCAAGAAGUGGAUAAAGCUAUAAAACAAAAGAAGGAGGGCCAAAAACACUAGGUUUGAAGUAAGAAGACCUGAGUUCAGACAUGAGCUACGCAAUCCUGGAUAAAUGUAACCUCUUUUGUCUCAGUUUCCUUGAAUGUAAAAUAGGAAUAAUAAGGGCACCUACCUCCCAGGGUUGUUGUGAGGAGCAAGAGAUAAAAUUGAUAAAGUAAUGCCAUGGAGUUAGUGCUUAUGUAAUACUUAUACCAUUAAUUUCCCUCAUGUGUAAAUAAAGACUUUGCAUAAUCCA